CUUGGGAAAGGGUGCCGCGGGCGUCUGGAGAGGGCGGCGCCGGGCCCCAGCGAACAUGGGUGUGCUCAGGGCCGGGCUCUGCCCAGGCCUCACCCAGGACAUGGUCCAGCUCCUGAGGAGCCACGGGAUCAAGACAGUGGUGGACCUGGCUUCCGCGGACCUGGCUUCUGCAGACCUGGAAGAAGUCGCGCAGAAGUGUGGCUUGUCUUACAAGGCCUUGGUUGCCCUGAGGCGGGUGCUGCUGGCUCAGUUCUCAGCCUUCCCCUGCAAUGGCGCCGAUCUCUAGGAGGAACUGAAGUCCGCCACUGCCAUCCUGUCCACUGGCAUUGGAAGCCUAGACAAACUGCUCGAUGCUGGUCUCUAUACUGGAGAAGUGACUGAAAUCGUAGGAUCCCCAGGUAGCGGCAAAAUCCAGGUAUGUCUUUGUGUGGCUGCAAAUGUGGCCCAUGGCCUGCAGCAGAACGUCCUAUAUGUUGAUUCCAAUGGAGGGCUGACAGACUCCCACAUCCUCCAGCUACUUCAGGCCAGAACCCCAGAUGAGGAAGAGCAGGCAGGAGCCCUCCAGAGGAUCCAGGUGGUGCGUGCCUUUGACAUCUUCCAGAUGCUGGAUGUGCUGCAGGGUCUCCGAGGUGCUGUGGCCCAGCAGGUGAGCCAUUCUUCAGGAACUGUGAAGGUGGUCAUUGUGGAUUCCGUCACCGCCGUGGUCUCCCCACUUCUGGGAGGUCAGCAGAGGGAAGGCUUGGCCUUGAUGAUGCAGCUGGCCUUGGAGCUGAAGGCCCUGGCCCGGGACCUUGGUGUGGCUGUGGUGGAAAAUAGGAAACAAGUUCUCAUUUUAUACAUCUGUUACUACCUGAACUUAUCAAAUGCUGACCUCUGUGAUUAG